GAAGAGGAAACAAAGGAGAAAAACAACAAGAACAAGAUGGAAGAAAACAUGACGACAAACUUAGAGUUCUGCUGUAUGGACCAAAGAUGUCUGGGAAAAGCUCUGUGAUAAACAUUGUGUUCGGAAAAGACUUGCUUGCGACGAAUGAAAGGACAGUUUACUGCAAAUCAUCUCAGGGCAAUGUGCAGGGAAGAGAGCUGAUGUUGGUUGACACUCCUGGCUGGUGGAAGGAUUUCCCACUUAGUGACACUGCAACCUUUCUUAAAAACGAGCUGGUGUAUGGGGUGUCUUUGUGCAAACCUGGACCCCAUGCAAUCCUUCUUGUCAUAGACGUUAGCCUUGAGUUUAAUGAAAGACACAGAAAAUCUGUUGAGGAACACCUUAGCCUUCUUGGUGACACAAUCUGGGCACAUGUCCUUGUGUUGUUCGCCAAAGGUCACUCCACAGGUGCCAGAACUCAAGAAGCAGAAGAAUAUAUGGGAGAAGCCUUACAGUGGGUGAAAGAAAAAUGCGGGCACAGAUUUCAUUUCUUUGAUAUUACAGUUCCACAUGAUGUCUCACAAGUCUGCUUAUUACUGGGCAAGAUUGAAGACCUGCUCCGAAAAAACAACGCAGCUUGUUUUGAAAUUGAUCCAAAAACACUGCAGGAGUCAGAGGAGUGGAGAGAGAGUGUAAAGAAGAGAGCAAGAGACAGGCAGUUGGGCGUUCAAGAACAACUAAAAAAAUACAAUAAAGAAGAGAUAAGAAUAAUGCUGGUGGGUUGGAUGAUGUCUGGAAAGAGUGCAUCUGGAAACAUGAUCCUAAAUAAAGAGGUGUUUGCUGUUACUGGCAAAAGCACGUCUAAAUAUCAAAUAGGACAUGGAGACGUUUCUGGAAGGCCAGUAACUGUGAUUGAUACACCAAGCUGGUGGAAGUACUUUCCACCUCAAUACACCCCAGAUUGGAUCAAGUCUGAGAUUUUGGACGGUGCGUUCCAGAAGCACAACACCCCACAUGCUGUACUUUUAGUUAUUCCAGCAGACACGUCUUUCAAAGAAGAGCAGAGGAAUGUCAUUGAGGAGAACAUGAAGCUACUGGGUGAACAAGUGUGGAGACACACCAUAAUACUGUUCACAUCAGGUGAUAUGCUUGGAGACAUGACCAUAGAACAGCACAUUGAGAGCGAAGGCGAGGACCUACAGGUGCUAGUUGAGAAAUGUGGGAACAGAUAUCAUGUCUUUGACAAUGAGAAAAAAGACAAUCACGCUCAGGUCAAGGAACUGCUGGAGAAAAUUGAUGAAAUGGUGUUCAGGAACUUUACCUUAUUUCACCUGAGUGCUAAGAACAAAAAAAUCAAAGAGAGAGAUGGCAAAAUGGACACGCAGUCAAAAGAAGUCAGUGAUGAUAAAGGAGACGUGAAAGAAGUUGUCUUAUUAAUAGAUGAAGAAUGGAAAAGAAAGGAUAACGAAUUUCUGAAAAAGCUGUUGCAGUUAAGCAAGGAUUACUGGAGAGGUGCUCAUGUCAGAGGCGAUAAGAGCAUAGAUUUACCAGGCAACUUAAGCAUGAUGCAUCCAGACCUUGACAGAAAAAUCACAUAUGGCAAUCAAGGCGCUACAUCAGACACAGAGCUGACGUCUAACAGGCACGGUGAACCUAAAGAAGAAGAGAAACAUGCUCUAAAACUCAAAGAUAAGUUUAGAGAGAUGUUUGAUCGAGAAUGGAGCAGGCGAGAGGAGACCCUGCUGGGAACACUUCAGGAAAUGUUAAAGGAUCGCAAAUGUGAAACAGGUUCCAUUCCAGAUCAAGAUGAGCUAGAAUGCUCCAAGCAGAAGGUGUUAAAGUGGUUUGAUGUUUCACCACUAUCUGGAAAAGCAUCAGAAAUGGCUUAUAUAGAUUAAUUGAAUGAUGUGUCUGAAAAAAUGAGGGAAAAGAAAACCAAAGCAAUCAGAAACAUUUCAAAAUAAGCUUUCAAACUGGGUAAAAUGUCCCAAAUAAUGAUACUUUUUUUGUUGCUAAAAUCAUUGUAGAUUUUAUUCAUAGAUGCAAUAAAUAAAGAGAAAUGACAAAGUAGAAAAAUAGUUCAGCUCAUAUGCCUCUUUGAUUGUAACUGUAUACUUUGCCAAUGCUUUUUUAUACUUGUGUUACUAAAUCCAGCUGUUUAAAAAAGACAUUAAUGUUUGUUGACCCUGAACAUAACAGAAGGAUUAGAUAUAAGUGGUGAAAUAAUUGUUGUUUUAUUAAAUACCUGUAAGUUUUGUAUACUUUCUGCAAAGCAUCUAAUCAGUUAAAAAUCAUUCAGUUUUUACUAAACAGCAUUUUAUUAUUUCAUUAAUUAGACUAAUGUUUUAAAAUUGGAAACAAAAAUAAAAAAUGGAUUUCUA